ACCAGUUCCCCAUAAGUUGUCACUGCUGACUUUGCAGCAAAGACUGGAGCAGGCAGGAAAGCAUCCUUACACUACAAACAUGGGAAAACUGCUCAAAAUAACCCUAGUUGGGAUUAUUUUAGCCUUUGUAGCAGAAAGGAUAGUGAAUCUGGGCCAUCGAACAAACUUUUCACGGGAGGUGUUACCCAAAGACCUUCCCAAUUGUAAGCUGUUAAAAGGAAUUGAGGCCGGGUCAGAAGAUAUUGACAUUCUCCCCAAUGGAGUUGCAUUUCUUAGCUCUGGUUUCAAAUAUCCUGGUUUGAUUAGCUUUGCUCCUGAAAAACCUGGAGAAAUAUUUCUGUUGGACCUGAAUGAAGAAAAUGUACGACCAACUUCAUUGCGAUUCAGUAGAGGGUUUGAUAUUUCCUCAUUUAAUCCUCUUGGUAUCAGCACUUAUAUUGAUGAGAAAGAUGACACAGUCUACCUCUUCGUGGUCAAUCACCCAAAUUCUAAAUCCACCGUUGAGAUUUUUAAAUUUGACGAGGAGGAAAAUGUUCUUAUACACCUGAAAACAAUAAAACAUGAGCUGCUACAAAGUGUUAAUGACAUUGUAGCCGUGGGACCCGAAAACUUUUAUGCCACCAAUGAUCAUUACUUUACUGAUUUCACCAUGAGACUAGUGGAAUGGUUUCUGGGAUUAUCUUGGUCAAAUGUGGUUUACUACAGCCCGAGUGAAGUAAAAGAAGUAGCUUCUGGAUUGUAUAUGGCAAAUGGAAUUACCAUGUCAACCGAUAAAAAGUAUAUUUAUGUAGCCGAUUUUCUUGGUCGUGCGAUUAAUGUCUUUGAAAAACAGGCAAACUGGUUGCUCUCCCCAGUGAAGGUUUUGCAGUUAGAUACACUUGUGGACAAUCUGUUUGUUGACCCAAACACAGGAGACAUUUGGACAGGGGCACAUCCAAAUGGAAAGAAACUCUUCUUGUACAGUUCUGAAGAUCCCCCUGGAUCAGAGGUUGUCCGCGUGCAGAACAUACAUUCUGACCAUCCUAUAGUGACCCAAGUGUAUGUCAACAAUGGUUCUUUGAUCCAAGGCUCUUCUUGUGCUGCAUUCUACGACGGGAGGCUUUUUGUAGGCACGAUAUUUCACAAAGGAUUGUACUGUAACCUGGAGUAAUCACACACAUUGUGUGAAACCUUUGAAAGCGUCCCAGAGACAUCAGAAACUCACCUGAACCCCUGGAAAUGCAUAUUAGGGAUUCUUGCAUUUGCAAGGGUGGCACCACAUACAUUUAAAGGGAGCUCUCAGCUGUGAAAUUCACUAAAGUGCAUAUGAUGGCUGGAGUAUGCUGUCUUCUAAUCGUGUACUUUAUAGUUCUGUAUACUAAAUAAACAUAUUGUAUUUGGUACACAAUAAGGCAACCAAACAAAUUUGGUUUAAAAUAAUAAAAAAAUCCUUCGUAAAAAAGAUUCUUUAUGCCUGUAUAGAUUUAAAUGUUAUAAUUGAACAAUACAAUCCUUAGUUGUUUUGCAGAUUAUAUUGAUAUUACACGUGACGUCUCUGGUUAAAGCAUGUUGUACACCUUACUGACAUACUGAAUUAUGUUUGUCAGUAGCUGUAUGAUGGCUAAUUUUAGGAAAUUUAGACUUUGGAAUUCCAACCACUUGGCAUGAGAUACGUGGAUGAGAAAAUGUGUCUAGACAGCUAACCAAUUAUCAUGUAUGACUGCCUAGGCCAACUUCUCUAGCAACUGGUUUGACAGCCAUGGUCUAUUGAUGGUGGGCGCCAAAUUGCAGUAGCAAUUUUUCUGAUUGCGAAUGAUUAUCAGAAUCAUGCAAAAGUAUAAUUAAUUGUUUUGCCAAGGUU